AUGGCUGAUCAAGCAGCUCGACGACGAACGACAAGCAAUAAUGCCACGGAUGUUAAGACGAAUGAGACAAGCAAGACUGCUAGUGGUAGCACCCGAAAGACCAAAGAUGGACUCAGUGUCGUAGAUGUGUUACGGAUCUUGGGUGGUGUCUUCCUACUCAACUGCCUGUUGAGCUACUUUAUUACGAAUGACAGCGUCCUCUGGGGUUGGCGACCAUGGUUCGUCCGACCUAGUGUUGUGAUGCGAUAUAUUCAAGGCCCCGUCUCCCUAACCGACACUCAACUUCUCUCUUACGACGGCUCCGAUGCCAACAAGCCCAUCUACCUAGCCCUCAACGGUACCAUCUACGAUGUCUCUGCCGGUCGCCGCAUCUAUGGUCCCGGAGGCAGCUACCACGUCUUCGCAGGAAAAGACGCCGCUCGAGGAUUCGUCACAGGCUGUUUUGCCGAAGAUGCCACGCCUGAUCUUCGAGGCGUAGAAUGGACAUACAUACCUCUGGACGUCGCGGCCCUAGGCACGGUAGGGGUCACACGAGAGCAGAAGACGUAUCGCGAGCAAGAGGUCCGGAAGGCGAAGAAGAAGGUUAGGGACACGCUCGACGGAUGGGCGACUAUGUUUAGUGGGGCUGGCAAGAAAGAUUAUUUUGAGGUUGGAAAGGUGAGGAGGGGAAGGGACUGGUUGGAGAAGACGCCGAAGAGGGGUUUAUGUGCACAGGCGGAGAAGCAGAGGCCGAAGGGGAAGGGAGCGGAGGGGACAGAUGCCGGGGCUGCUUACAGGGGUGGUGGGCGGUGA